CGCAUUUAUUUAGCAGCGAGUCGAAGUUGAGUUGAAUUUAUCGACACUUUGCGAACGCGCUUCAAGCUUUUCAGACGUAUUUAAAAAAGUGCUACAUUCAAAAUGAGCAUCUUCGUUUAAGAAAAUUAAAGCAUUACAGGAAAUUAAUUCACGCAUAUUGUUGUUGUGGAAGUUUCAUAAAUAUUAAUUAUUGCACUGUUGUUUCUCGUCAGCCGCUUUGCAGAAAAACAACCGUUAGGUCGGCCAUAUUAGUUUGCGUUUGCUCUUUGCGCUGCGUGUUCUGUGUAUUGAAAAUAAACUUUACUCGGAAAAAAUCAAACUUGUGGUUUAUCUAUGAAUUCGGAAACUAGUGAAAUGGCGUGUGUAGUUUGUGGCAAUGCAUCUGCCUUGAUGUGCCAGCGCUGUGGAGAAUCUUACUGCAAUGAUGUCUGUCAACGGAAGGAUUGGCAGCGUCACAAAUAUUUUUGCAUUAUAAUGCCGCCAUUGGUUAGCUCGAAGCCCUUGAAGCCGGCAGCAACUGCCAAGCAUGAUUCUGGUGGAAUUGUAACACCAAGACCGCUGGAAACCGAAAGUUCUAAAUGCAGCUUGGAAGACUUGUCGGGCGACGUGGAGGGCGGCAACAACAAUUGUUCAACUAAAGAAUUGCCCGUGGCACAAAAGCAAGCUAUCAAAUUGAGUACUGAAUGGCGCAAUCAUGUCAAUCCGCCCGAAAAUGGAUUCUUCGACUGUCGGGUCACAUAUGUAGAUAAGGAUGAUUCCUUUUGGGUCGUUGAAGAGUCCAAUUCCGAGCGUCUGGAGCGUCUUGCCGAUAACAUGGCUCGCAGCAUGCAGAACAAGAAGCCAUGUUACUUUCAGGAGAUCGCUAUUGGCGACUUGGUGUGCGUCGUCUUUGAUCAGAAAAUGUAUCGUGCCGAGGUGAUGUCCAUGAAAACCAAUGCGGAGUGCGAAGUGCGUCUCAUUGACUACGGCGCAGUUGCUUCAUUCGAGGCAAAGAACGUUUAUUUGGCCGUGCCGCGCAUGGCUGAGAUCAAGGCGUAUGCGUUCAGGGUGAAAACGUCUUCCAAGGAGGAAAUGGAAAUCAACAAAGUUCUAUCAUUGCGUCUUUCGGGUAGCAAGACUGCCGACGGUAUUUAUCAGGUUCAGCUGAAUGUCAACAAAACAAUACCACUCGACUUGCCGAUACAAGUGCUGUCCAGCAAUCCGGAUAUAAUCCUGGUCAAGACCUUUAAGCACAACGUUUCGCUUAAGGAGCCGCAAGUGGCUCUCUUGCAAGUUAAAGGGCCGAGCAAUCUCAACGAAGAACUAAACUCUACUCUGUCUAAUAAGACCGAUAUGAAACUGAUCGAACCCAUUCCGGAACAGCUGCGCACCUUCUUUAUAGCCGCCCUCACAGAAAAGGGCUAUCGUCGUGCCUUUUUGAUAGACUUUAUCGAGCAACCAUCGAAGUUUUUGGUUUAUGAAAUGGAUGAGGGCCGCAUUUCGAUAGCUGAUGAGGUCCGUCGCAUUCCCGAAGAGCUCCUCGAUCAUCCACAACGCGUAUUUGCAGUCACGCUCACGAAUGACACCACUAGCUCCCUACAGCAGCUACUAUCUAAAUGUGGUCGUGAAUUGUCCAUUAAGUUUCAAGAAGAGAAUACCAAAAGGCUCCGCACGGCUCAAGCGACAUUGUUGGCCCAGAACCAGCAAGUGUGCGCCGUUCGCGCUGACACUUUUAUGGGGCGGGUCGCUGACCUGGGCUUAAAGUUAUGGCAAGAACCAAUCGAGAACGGUUCCUUGGUCUACAUCACGCAUAUUGUCAAUUAUAACACGAUCUGUAUCAGCUCUGUGCAGAGCAAGCUAUAUCCGAGUGUAUUCAAAAGUCUGGUUUCAAAAUGCCAGCCGUUUGACCCGUCUAGCGAGAUACCAAUUGGAACCAUUGUCCUGGUUGUCUGUCCCAAUGGAAAGUGUUAUCGCGCCAAGGUGGUCGCCGACAUGGAAAGCUCGCGAUACGGCGUACGCAACAUCGAUACCGGCACUGCGCAUCGAGUGCCACCAUCUUAUUUGCACAAAUCCUGUGCUUUUCUCGAAAACUUGCCGGUCAGCCAAUGCCGCGUUAAUAUUAGUACCAUAUGUAGCGUUUCGACGAAAGUAUUGCCUUCUAAUAUCUCAGCUCGGAUAUUGCAGGAGCUAUAUGACGCGGAGUCCGAAUUGGAGGUUAAGUUCACUGACUCCGACUGUAGCUCUCUUGAUUUACUAGGUAUCAAAGCCGAGAACUCUUCGCUCGUAUUUCGUAUGCUAGACAUUAUUUUUGAUGAUAAACCUGCUGAGGAACUACCCAAAGGACCUCAGCAUGUACCAGAAGAAAUCAAGGCGACACAGCCUGGAACUUUGAGUAUUAGUGGAUUACCACCGUCUCCACCUAAAACACCGAUUGUCGAGGAGAAAAGCAAGAAGCAAAUUAAUCGACAUUAUUUCGAUGACAUUAAACGUGAGCUGCUUCCGCUCGGCAAUAAUGUGCAAAUUUUGACCCUGAAUGCCAUUGGUCUGCACAAAACUGGUUACAUUACUGCUUGCUUCUUUUCCAGCGAGAAGGUCGCUGAGAAUUUUCAGAAUUUGCUAACUAGCGUGGCCGAAAUUGGCAACGACGAUCAGAUAUUGCCGGGAUAUCUGCCCGAUGUUGGUGAAAUGUGUUUGACGCUCUUUUCCGAGGACAAUACCUGGUACCGGGGUGUUUGCCUUAAGGUGAGAGGUCAGGAUGUCGAAAUUUUGUACUGCGAUUUUGGAAAUUCCGAGGUGGUUCCCUUAAAGAACAUAAAGCCCAUUCCGACCGAACUGCUUAAGUCAGUUUAUGCCACAAAGUGUUUCAUAGAUGGCUUCGACAAGUCCAAGAACUUUCUGAAUCUGGAGGAAUAUCUGAAAGCUGAAAAUAAUAUCGCUUGCACUGUACUGGAAGGAUCAGAACCCAACACUCGUCUGGUUAAAAUUCCAAAAUUGGACAAAAUAUUGUCCAAAGAAUUAAAAUAGAAAUCUCUUCACUAUAAAAAUAAUUCGAUUACUGACGACAUGGAAAGCGUCCAUAUUUUUUGUUUUAAAUAUUCAAUGUACACCAACGUGUAUUUCAUUAUUGAUUCGGAGUAACGAAACUCUUAAUAAAUUUGACUUUUUCGUUUAUGAUUUUCCUUCAA